CGUCGUUUUGAAACCCUUCUGAUCAAAUAACCCAUUUCUCGUUAUACAUACACAAAACCCUAGCUAAUUAACCGUCAUCUAUAAUGGCCAGAAUUAGUAAACUCUUUUUUCCAUUUAUCUUGUAUGUACUUUUCGUCUGUACUUCGGUUUCUUGGUGUUUACAAGAAGACGGAGAGUCGGAUAGCGAUAUUAACUAUUGGUGUGACACAACUCCUCAUCCACAACAAUGUAAGUAUUUUUUGAGCAGUGGGACUCAUCAUACCCCAAGGCACAGGAAAGACUUCAGGAUGUUGGUUUUGGAGGUCGCUUUGCAGAAAGCUCAAGAAGCUCAAACUUGCAGUAACGACCUCAGGAAUAAAUGCAAGAGCAAAAGAAAGAAGGCGGUGUGGCUCGAUUGCAACAAGCUUGUUAAUCAAACCAUUCUCCAACUCAACCAAACCCUAAUUAGUUUCAGACAUAACCGGAGUUCAGACUUUGAUGCUCAAACAUGGCUCAGUGCUGCUCUCACGAAUCUCGAAACUUGUUUUUCGGGUUCUCAAGACUUCAAUUUGACAAACUUUGUCUCUCCACUCAAAUCGCAUAACCUUACUGAGAUGAUAAGCAAUAGUUUGGCAAUAAACCAGUUUUUCUUGAAGCAAAAGUCAGCGAGUGAUGACGAUCGGGAGCUUGAUAAUGAUUUUCCGACUUGGGUUACACCCGGCGACCGAAAAUUGUUGCAGACAGGUUCACUUCGCACAAAGGCUAAUUUAGUCGUGUCUCAAGCCCGUGGGAGUAAGUUUCGAACCAUUCAAUCAGCUCUUAAAUAUGCAGCAGGUUAUAAUCGUCGGAACAAAAGAUAUAUUAUCUACAUAAAGAGAGGAGUUUAUAAGGAGAACAUCGAGAUUGGGAACGAUCUAAAUAAUAUCAUGUUCCUUGGUGAUGGAACUAGAUACACCAUUAUCACUGGUUCCCGGAGUGUCGGCGGCGGUUUCACAACUUAUAGCUCUGCAACCGUCGGAGUGGAUGGCACUGGAUUCAUUGCCCGUGGCAUAACAUUCAGGAACACUGCCGGCCCUGCAAAAAGCCAGGCGGUGGCACUCCGAUCAUCAUCUGAUCUGUCGGUAUACUACGCUUGUAGCUUCGAAGGUUAUCAAGACACUCUGUUUGUCCUCGCACAAAGACAAUUCUACAAAACUUGCUACAUUUAUGGAACCAUUGAUUUCAUAUUUGGUAACGCCGCUGUGGUCUUCCAAAACUGUAUGAUAUUAGCAAGAAGACCACUGAAAGGACAAGCAAACAUUAUAACAGCCCAAGGUCGUGGUGAUCCCUUCCAAAACACAGGAAUUUCGAUUCAUAAUUCGCGUGUUAUGGCUGCUCCAGACUUAAAGCCUGUGGUGCGCACAGUCAAGACAUAUCUGGGUCGCCCAUGGCAAGAAUAUUCGAGGACAGUUUAUAUGAAAACUUUCCUUGAUAGUCAUAUCGAUCCAGUAGGGUGGUCGCCAUGGGAUAAUACUAAUUUCGCGCAGAGUACAUUGGUUUAUGGUGAAUAUCAAUGUUUUGGCCCUGGUUCUUCCACAAGAAACCGUGUGAAAUGGCGUGGAUACUCUGUUAUAACAAGUGCGAGUGUUGCAUCGCAGUACACGGUGGAGAGGCUUAUUGCCGGCCGGUCAUGGCUGCCGGCAACCGAUGUACCCUUCACUCCAGGAUUAUGAGAAAAAAUCGGUUACGUUGUGUUAUUAUUUAUUAAUUAUUUGUGUACAUUUUUUGGAUUGAUAUUGGAAUUGAUACAACUCGUAUUUAUCCAUAAAUUUGCUGAUUUUCUUUUUCAUUUAAGUGAUUAUAUUUUUAGCUGGCUAGUCUAAGCCCAAAUGAUUUUAAUGGGCUUUGUAUGUGUAAUAUCUUUUGGGGCCGGGCGCAAUUUUUA